GGGGAGAGGGGCCUGGGGAGCGUGUGCUCGCGACCCUGUGGCGCUGGUGCCACUUCCCGUUCAGCUGUUGCCGCGGGGGGGCUGGAACCUGAGCUCAGAGCAGGGUCUGCAGCCCUAUGAGCUGAAGGGACUUCCACCCUGAGACCCCUGCCUCCUCUCAGACAGCGAGGAUAAGGGUGAGCGUGCCCUUUUUCCAGAUGAGUCCCCAGUAAGUUGACUUAAGAUGUUUCCUGGGUGGUUGGGAACCUGCACCCAGCUGUGACUCCUGCAGCCCGCUCCUGGUCGUGUGCCCACCACACGCAGCUGCCAUGACCCUGGCCAUCCGGAGGGAUGAGGUCAGCCAAGGGGGCAGACCCAGAGGCCCGGGGCGCUGGCAGCCAGCUCUUUGGGGGCUGCUGCCCCCCUUUCUGGAAGCAGGUUUUGUGUGCAGGGCUUCCUAGAACCAUGUUAGCUUUUGUCCUUUCCCCACCCGCUUUCUUACUCUGGAAUAGGGAGUUCCUAUUUUACCACAAUAUAAAGAAAAAAGCGCUUCUCAUUCCGGACUCAUCUUAGACAACCAACCUUAAAGAAAAGGAUGGGACCCCAAAUGAGUCCAGAUGCUACAGGCAGGGCCUCGCGUGUAGCAGAGGAUCACAGGGCUGGCCCCUGAGGGCGACCAGGUCCCAGGAAGAGGCUUUUCCUCUGGGACCGCCCCCCUCUGCCUCUUGGGUUGUAGCUCUGAGCCGUUGGUGCCCCGCUGCUCACCCUCCCCAGGGCCAGGCCCCACCAUGGUGCGGAAGGCUUUUCUGGACACACUGGGGUGGUUUUCUGUGUGGGUGCAGACACACUGGGGUGGUUUUUUGUGUGGGUGCGACCGUGGUUGGGAGGAGGUUCCCAACCGUGUUCUGGGAUGAGGGCUUUGGGUCAGCCCCUGGGGGCCUGCGAUUGCUCUCCAUGGGGUGGGCACAGGUCACACUGCUCCUUACUGAGCACACCACGUACCCAGUGCCCAGUUCCGGGUCCCCAUGUUCCCCAGCCUUCACCGCUUGCCAGCUCUCAGCAUCCUUGUUUCCCCAGCGAGGGAGUGAGCCUGUCUCACUUUGCACUACUGGAGGCCUUCCAUGGGGGCCUGGGAGCUGGCGUGCCACCCCACCAUCCUGCCAUGGGGCCCUGGGAGUUGGCGUGCCACCCCACCAAUUUGCCACAGGGGCCCUGGGAGCUGGUGUGCCACCUCCACCAUCCUGCCACGGGGGCCCUGGGAGCUGGCGUGCCACCCCACCAUCCUGCCAUGGGGCUUUGGAAGCUGGCGUGUGACCCCUACCCCCUCAGUCCCUCAUCCUGCCAUGGCUUUCAUUUCCCCAGGUCCCAGGUGUGCACACCUUCAGGAGGCCUCGGGGAAGAUGGCGGCCCUAGGGAACCAUCAGGAGUCCCCUCCUGCCCCACACCCUGUCAGUCUUUCAUCACCCAGGACACCUGGAGCCCACCACCAUGAGGCCCUGCUUCACCUGCAUGAUCAUCAACAUGACCCCUCCGGCUCCAGCCCUGAUGUACUCUCCCAGCCCCAGCUGGAGGGGGAGCUUUCGGACCUGGAUCCCCAAGACGUCCAGGAAGUCGAGAUCGGGAGAAACACCUGCUGGCCCGAUACGGUGUCGGAGCCAGAGAAGGUGCCACCAUCUCCCCAGCCGGAUGUUCCUCAGGUGGAGGUGGGCCAGGACACAGGGGUGCUGAAGAGUCUGCUAAGGGCCCUUCCACGGAGACCCAUGUGUGGGGACAGCUUUGGGCCAGAGGCCAGUUUGGAUCGGCCCACGGGCCAGCCACCGGGGGCGGGACCCUGCACGCAGAAGAGGGUUGCCUGGCGCAUGAGGCUUCUGCCACAGGGAGCCCCCGAGACCGGCGGCGGCCCCGAGCUGGGCAGCGGCUUCAGCCUGGGAGCGGGGUUUGGGGCCCGACAGGGCGGUGCGCAGGGUGGGAAGCCGCACCGCUGUGAGACCUGUGGCAAGAGCUUCAAGUACAACUCGCUGCUGGUGAAGCACCAGCGCGUCCACACGGGCGAGAAGCCCUACGCCUGCCACGAGUGCGGCAAGGCCUUCCGCGGCUGGUCGGGCUUCAUCCAGCACCACCGAGUCCACACGGGCGAGAAGCCCUACGAGUGCGGCCAGUGCGGCAAGGCCUUCAGCCACAGCUCACACUUCACGCAGCACCUGCGCACUCACAAUGGCGAGAAGCCCUACAAGUGCGGUGAGUGCGGCCAGGCCUUCAGCCAGAGCUCCAACCUGGUUCGGCACCAGCGGCUGCACACGGGCGAGAAGCCAUACGCCUGCAGCCAGUGCGGCAAGGCCUUCAUCUGGAGCUCCGUCCUCAUCGAGCACCAACGCAUCCACACGGGCGAGAAGCCCUACGAGUGCCACGAGUGCAGUAAGGCCUUCCGCGGUCGCUCCCACUUCUUCCGGCACCUGCGGACCCACACGGGCGAGAAGCCCUUCUCCUGCAGCACCUGCGGCAAGGCCUUCAGCCAGAGCUCUCAGCUCAUCCAGCACCAGAGGACCCACUACCGGGAGUAGGCAGGGCCGCUGGGCGGAGCCGCAAGGGACACAGCCCCCCUGCCGAUAUGGCUCCAGAAGGAAGGGCUUCUGCCCCUGCCCCGCCGCCCAGCUCUGCAUGCCCGCUGUCCCCAAUAAAUCCUUUCCGGUUGCUGGAAGGGGUGCUGGCUCCUGCCCUUCCAGGAGAGGAGUGAGGCUCAUCUGCCCAGGCCUUCCAUGCAGGACCCACGAUUGUCCCCUGCGGCCGGGUGGGCACCUGAGGGUCACCGUGUGGCAUAGGGAGGGGACUUGCAGGUGUCCUGCUUACUCAGCCAGGGUGCCCAAGGCAUCCAGCAAGGGCCCAGAGGGACAGCCAGCCUGACCUGGAGGAGUCUGUGCUCUCGACCCAGGCGUGGCUCUCCAGGGGCUCUGGUGAUAGGUUCCCUCAGGAUGUCCAUUCCAGAGGCUGCAGCUCCCCACACUUGGCUCUCAGAGCUGCUGUUUCCUGGCCCCACCUCCCUUCUCACGUGGCCGCCUUGAGGCGCCGGUGUUGUGAAGGCAGCUCCCUCCACCAUUCUCCCUGCCUCCUGCUGGGGAAGGUCGGUGCCCAGGGCUGCUGAUGUUUGGACAGGCGUCUACAGUCCUAAGAUCUGCCAGGACUGCCUCGCCUUGCUGGGGUCUGACUGAAACCCAGAUGCAGGGGUCCUGGGAAUGUAGCCCUGGACCUCCAGCCCCCCAGGUACCAGAAGUGCUCAGCUGGGUGGGAAUGCCCCUGGGUGUUCACAAUGUCCAGCAGGGGCCUAAUGUGGCCACAGAGGCUCCCUGCCUCACCUGCUGCCACCUCCUGGAUGGAUUUCGGGACCCCCCAAGCCCUGGUGCCACAGUGGUUAACAGCUCGGCUGCUAACCAAAAGUUCAGAAGUUUGAAUCUACUGGCUGCUCCUUGGAAACCCUGUGGGGCAGUUCUGUUCUGUCCUCUAAGGUGGCUAUGAGUCCGAAUCCACUGGACGGCAACUGGUUUUUGGUUUUCCACCCCCCAGAUUGCCAAGUUCAAGAUGCAGUUCUACAAACCUCACCUCCCAGUACCUUCUGACAUUCCUCCUGCCACCGCGUCCUCCUCAGUGCUGGUCCCAGGCCUGCCCCCCCAGGGGCCUGCAUUUGGCCUGUGAGGUGGAGAGAAAAGGCAGGUGGGCUCCAUUUGCUGCGGCGUCCACGCACAGUGCCGGCAUCCCUGGCAGGCUGUGAGAGGUGUGGUUGUCUCUUUUAUAGAGAUGGACAUGGCCCCGAGGUACGCAGGGCACGUCCUCCUUGGAUAUAGUCCAGGACUCAAUGUGCAGCCCCUUGAGAAGGGUGGUCCCUGGGGCUCAGCUAGGACCACCCUGCCCUUUCAUGAGGCUACCUUGCCUCCCCAGGCCGAAUUCCCAGGGCCCCCACCAUCAAACGCUUCCAUUCUGGGUGAGAGUGGCUGGGGGUGAGGUCAGUGCUGGCUUCUUCACGACACCUCCUUGGAAUUCAGCUCAGAACCUGGAAGAUAGGGGCAGAAAUCCUUGCCCCUCUGUCCUCAUCCUUCUCCCAUAACACCUCAGGAGACUGAGACACUGGGCUUCUGGGGCAGUGGCCAGAACCCCUCUGUUGGUCCAUCUUGGGUGAGUGUCUUAGCCUCUCUGUGCCCCACCUUUCCUAUCCCAUCCACAAGCGUGCUCCUCCCUGGGAAGCGCUCCCCCAUCCUCUGAGAGAGGUCCUCGGUAGGGGGGGUAUGACCGGGGACGGAAGAGCUGCCCCAGUCGGGUGCGAGGAGGGCCCCAGUGGGGACGCUGGCCUGGUCGCCACAGGGGCAGUUGGGGAAGGCCGCCAAAGGAGAUGACACCAGAGUUGACUUCCCAGGAUUAUCAGAGGUCGGCGGGGUAGAGCAGAUGGGGAAGGAUUUUCUAAGUGACAGGAAAGUCAUUUGCAAAGGCGUGGAGACACAAUGCCUCUGCAGAGUUGGAGGUCUCAGUGGGACCCCGGGAGCCUGAGGGGCAGGCUCCACCCCACGCCUGACAUCGCCUCUAACCCCGGCAGUCGGGGGAGAGGAAGUCAUUCUCCUCGCCUCCUGGGCAGCCAGGCCGAGGCGCGGGCUAGCGGGGCCCGAGGAGCUUCCGACGUGGCGGGCUCUCGUCUCUGCCGUGGAGGCAUCGCCUUGAGAGCCGUCCCUGUGCAGCCGGCCACCGAGCGGACAGCCAGGAGCCUUCCACGCAGUCCUAGGCUGUACCGCAAGGGG